AGCUAAAGAAUAAGACUGAGCGGAAGUUGAAGUCUGUCGUUAAAUCUAUAGUGUAAAUAAUUGGCGACCAUGCCCCUCAUAGUGAUGUGCGGUUUUCCCAGCAGCGGGAAAACUCGCCGGGCAGAAGAACUCAAGGUUUACUUUGAACAGACUUCAAAACUAAAAGUUCACAUUGUGGGAGAAACGAGUUUAGCGGUGGACAAAAACAGUGUAUAUGCAGAUUCCCAAAAAGAAAAGAACGUGAGGUCGUGUUUAAAAGCUGAAGUGGAGAGAAAAGUCAACAAGGAUGACGUUGUAAUUCUGGACUCUUUAAAUUACAUUAAAGGUUACCGCUAUGAACUUUUCUGUCUCAUCAAACACACACAGACGCCACACUGUCUGGUUUACUGUUUAACAUCACACGAGCAGAGCUCCACGUGGAAUUCAAGCAGAGAUGCUACAGAACAGUACAACCAGGACAU